UGGAGCGUUCGCUCAGUCGCAUUCGCAGCUUUUCCUCUCCAGCCCGUGGGCAUUGUUGUAAAAACAGAAGGACAAUACAAGAAUAGAGUGGAGGAUAAUAGAGCCUCUAAAGGGGCAUCAGGGAAUCUGUCCUCUAUUGGAUCUGAGCGGCUCAGUCCUCGUGCAUGAGGCACUAUAUGAGAGCCGUGUGUCGGAUGAACGUGUAGUUUCACAGCGAACAGACAGACAGAGGAGGCAUGAUUCUGAGACGGAGUCCAAGUUUUGCGGUGCUGUCCGUUCAUGUGCUUUUGCGGUGCCUGUGGAUGCGGGUAUGUGAGGCAUCAGGGCAUUUUGAGAUGCAGGUUCUGUCCGUGCAGAACGUGAACGGGGAGCUGCAGAGCGGCGCGUGCUGUGACGGCGCACGCGCCGCGUUGGACCGCACAUGCACGGCGGACGAGUGCGAUACGUUUUUCCGCGUGUGUUUGAAGGAGUAUCAGUCGCGGGUGUCUUCAGGAGGCCCGUGCAGUUACGGAAGCGGAUCUACUCCCGUUAUCGGUGGGAAUACUUUUUCUGUCAAGCCCCUCGACAACACGAACGAUAAAUCCAGGAUUGUGCUGCCCUUCAGUUUCGCGUGGCCGAGGUCAUAUACGUUGAUUGUGGAGGCUUUGGACUUCAAUAAUGACUCAAGCACCGGCAGCAUUAAUGGACAAGUGAUCGAGAAAGCGGUCCAGUCGGGCAUGAUCAACCCGAACCGUCAGUGGCAGCUUCUGAAGCACAACGGCCCCGUGGCUCAGUUCCAGUACCAGAUUCGGGUGACCUGCGACGAGCAUUACUUUGGCUUCGGCUGCAAUAAGUUCUGUCGGCCCAGAGAUGACUUCUUCGGCCACUAUACCUGCGAUCACAAUGGCAACAAGACCUGCUUGGAGGGAUGGGCUGGCCCAGAAUGCAACACUGCGAUCUGUAAGCAGGGCUGCAGCACAGAGCAUGGCUCCUGUAAAGUGCCUGGAGACUGCAGGUGUCAGUACGGCUGGCAGGGCGAGUAUUGUGACCAGUGUAUUCCACAUCCCGGUUGUGUGCACGGCACAUGCGUCGAACCCUGGCAAUGCCUGUGUGACACAAACUGGGGAGGGCAGCUCUGUGACAAAGAUCUGAACACCUGUGCCACGCGGCAGCCCUGUCUCAAUGGCGGCACCUGCAGUAACACCGGACCAGACAAAUACCACUGUGCCUGUCCUGAUGGCUACUCUGGACAGAACUGCGAGAGAGCGGAUAAUGCCUGUCUGUCUGAGCCCUGCUUGAACGGAGGUAGUUGUGUGGAGUCCAGUCAGGGGUUUGAGUGCCAGUGUGCGCCGGGCUGGACAGGACCGUCCUGCAAUAUCAAUGAAGAUGACUGCAGUCCAAACCCGUGCAAUCACAGCGGUGUGUGUGUGGACCUGGUGGACGCUUUUAAAUGCAUCUGCCCCGUGCAGUGGAGCGGGAAGACGUGUCUCAUUGAUGCUAAUGAGUGUGAGGAAAGCCCAUGCAUCAAUGCCCACUCCUGCCGGAAUCUGAUUGGCGGAUACUUUUGCGAGUGCCUCCCUGGUUGGACUGGACAGAAUUGCGACAUCAAUGUCAACGACUGCCGUGGACAGUGUCUUAACGGAGGGCUGUGUAAGGAUCUGGUCAGUGGAUAUCGGUGUCUGUGCGCACCGGGCUUCGCAGGGGAGCGCUGUGAGCGGGACGUGGACGAGUGCGCCAGUCGACCCUGUCUCAACGGCGGACGCUGCCAGGACGGUGCCAACGGAUUCCAGUGCUUGUGUCCACCUGGCUUCUCAGGUGUCACGUGUCAGCUGGACAUAGACUACUGUGAGAGCGGCCCGUGUCAGAACGGAGCGCAGUGUUUUAGUCUGGCCUCGGAUUACUACUGUAAAUGUCCAGAAGAUUACGAAGGCAAAAACUGCUCCCAACUCAAAGACCACUGCCUCAUCACACCAUGUCAAGUGAUUGACAGUUGCACGGUUGCCGUGGCGUCUAACAGCACUCCAGGCGGCACGCGCCUCCUCUCCUCCAGUGUGUGUGGUCCUCACGGGCGCUGUCGAAGCCACGCCGGUGGGCAUUUCAGCUGCGAGUGUCAGGAGGGAUUCACAGGGACGUACUGCCAUGAGAACAUCAAUGACUGUGAAAGUAGUCCCUGCCGCAAUGGUGGUACUUGCAUUGAUAAAAUCAACACUUACCAGUGUAUCUGUGCUGAUGGAUGGGAGGGACCCAACUGUGAGACCAACAUUGACGACUGCAGCAUGAACCCCUGUCGGGACCGAGGAGUGUGCCGGGAUCUGGUCAAUGACUUUUACUGCGAGUGCGAAAACGGCUGGAAGGGAAAGACCUGUCAUUCACGCGAGAGCCAGUGUGACGAGGCUACUUGUAACAACGGCGGCACGUGUUCAGACGAAGGCGACUCGUUCAAGUGCAUGUGUGCUCCUGGAUGGGAAGGCGCUACCUGUAAUAUAGCGAAGAACAGCAGCUGCCUGCCGAACCCCUGUGAGAACGGAGCCACGUGUGUCGUGACAGGUGACAGCUUCACCUGUGUCUGCAAAGAAGGCUGGGAAGGGCUCACCUGCAGCCAGAAUUCCAACGAUUGCAACCCACAACCAUGUUAUAACAGCGGUACGUGUGUGGACGGGGAUAACUGGUACCGCUGUGAGUGUGCCAGUGGAUUCGCAGGGCCGGACUGUCGCAUCAACAUCAAUGAGUGCCAGUCGUCUCCCUGUGCAUUCGGGUCCACGUGUGUGGACGAGAUUAACGGCUACCGCUGCCUGUGUCCCCCCGGCAGGACCGGGUCCAGGUGUCAGGAAGUCACCGGACGUCCGUGUGUGGCUGGCGGUCGGAUUGCUGUGGACGGAGCGAAGUGGGCCGAAGACUGCAACACCUGUUACUGCCACAAGGGCAUCGUGACCUGUACUAAGCUGUGGUGUGGCCCUAAACCCUGCCGUAUGCUCGGCUCCGGGCGAGGUGACUGUCCGCUGGGUCAGCUGUGUGUGUCGCUGCGUGACGAGCAGUGUUUCGUAAAGCCCUGCUUGUCUCAGGGCGAGUGCAUGUCUGCUCACCGGCCGGCCGUACGCGCGCGCUGUCACCCCGAGAGCGACUGCGCCAACGUCACCUUCACCUUCAACAAGGACACCAUGCCACAGGGAGUGACGGUGGAGCAGGUGUGUCGUGAGCUGAGACAUCUGUAUGUGACCAAGAAUGUUUCGACUGAGUUUUCCAUCUCUAUGACCUGUGAACUCUCUUCUGCCGCCAAUAAUGAGAUCCACGUUGCCAUCCAUGUGACUGAGGAUGGCAUCCACGGCCGAGUUCCAGUUAAAGAGAUCACGGACAGCAUCAUCGAUCUGGUGAGCAAACACAGCGCGAACAGCACCAUCAUCGGCUCCAUCGCUGAGGUCCGCGUGCAGCGCAGGCAACCCCAAAACCCCAACGUAGACUACUUGGUGCCACUGCUGGUUUCCAUUGUGACGGCGAUCUGGGUUUUGGCCCUGGCGUCGGUGUUCCUGUGGUGCGUGCGCCAUCGACGCAAACAAAGCUCCAGCCCCACCGCGAUCAACCCCGCCACCCCGUUCUCCACAGGAACCGCGGAGGAAAACACGGUGAACAACGCUCGUGAGCAGCUCAACCAGAUCAAGAACCACAUCGAGAAGAACGCGUCUAACGGCAGCCUGCCAGGAAAAGAGCACCACUGUGACGACAAGAACACCGUCAACGCCAAAAUCAGGACGCAUUUCUCCGAGUCCACCAGGCUGACGCAGGACGACUCCAACACGCGCUUGCAGAAGACACGCUUUCCACGUCAGCCGGCCUACGUGCUGGUGGACCGAGACGACAGGCUCAGCUCCAUCGACACGGACGGGAAAGCCCCGCUCUGGACUAACAAACGCGACAACAGAGACCUGGAGUCGCAACACAGAGCUCCGGAUUCACAGCCAAGGGAUCCGGACACGCAACACAGCUCGCACAAAAUGGAGUUUAUCGUAUAACAAUCAUUGACGACGUCUCGAAAAAGGUCAAAGAAUAGCCAAUGAAUCAAAAAGCUUAUUGUUGACUGUGACGACAAGUCCGGACAGUAUUUGUUCAGGCGUUGCGCUGCAGUGGGACCACAGGCGGGUCCGUUUUCUGUUGCUGUGCGUCAGUCAGUGUCUGUAGGGCCUGGAGACAUUAGCCUGUGCAGAACUUAGAGCCUCGAAGACGAAACCUUGAACGUGAAUGUAAUUGGCCAGAAU